AGCAGACUUAGGCAGGCUAAUUUCCCCCUUCCUGCUCUCUGUCCCCAGAGACCCCAGCCCUCUGUUCUGACGGUUCCCCCUAGGAGAGAUGGCACCAGCCAGAGCAGGAUUCUGCCCUCUGCUGCUGCUCCUGCUGCUGGGGCAGUGGGUGGCCAAGGACCCAGUCAGUGCCAAGCCCAGACACAUGACUUCAGCUCAGUGGUUUGAAACCCAGCACGUGCAGCCCAGACCUCAGGGAUGCAACACUGCGAUGGGUGCCAUCAACAAGUACUCAAAACGAUGCAAAGCCCUCAACACCUUCCUGCAUGAAUCCUUCUCCAGCGUGGCCACCACUUGUCAGACCUCCAUCAUAGCCUGCAAGAAUGGCCAUGAAAACUGCCAUCAGAGCCAGAAGCCUGUAUCCCUGACCACGUGUAUGCUUACCUCGGGGAGGUACCCAGACUGCAGGUACAAAGAAAAGCAACUGGUUGCUCCUUAUAUUGUAGCCUGUGAACCUCCCCAGAAGGAGGACUCUGGGAAACUCCAGCUGGUUCCUGUCCACUUGGACAAAGUCCUUUAGGUUUCUAGCCUUCUUCGUGCUUGGGCCAUGCCUUAAUUCCCUCUCCAGGACUCUGGAUCACUCUUAUGCCCAGAAGGUUCCCUUCUGACAUCUCUUGGGGCCCUUCUUAGCUCAGGCUCCUCUGAGGGGUGUGGAGGGUUGAGGCUGAUACCUUAGUCGUCUAAACUCCAGAAGAGAUGGUGUUUCAACUCUUUGUUGCUGUUUUCCCAGGAGCUUACCCCCAGGAAGCUUAGGGGCGUGGGUUCCUUGGUCUGUGCCUCACACAUCUCUCCCCUGCCCCCUCUUCUCAUGGCACCAUGACAAGAAAAGGAAAGAAAUGGAAAAGGAGUGUGUGGGAUUUAUGGAAAGAGUUAUGGCUGUCCCUAAACCAGGCCCCUUUCCCAGCUGUGAUGUGGUCGUGAAGUGGCCCGAGUACAGAGAGGCAACCAGAAGGAAAGACGGCCAAGAGUCACCUCUUCAUAUUGACACAGCAUUUCACACCUUUCCCGCUGUGUCCUUUGAGACAUAGACUUGACAGGGAUCCCUUGCCUUCUUCGCAGAUGAGGACGUUGAGACUUCAGAAAGAUUGAUUAAUUAAAAAGCUUGUCAAGUUGUUAGUAGCAGAACCUGGACUUGAAACCAGGUCUCCUGCCUCUAAAUACUUUCUUUACUGCUGGGCAAAAAAGGGGGAGACUUCUGCAGGGGCCAGAGGGAAACUAGGUAAGAGUUCAUCCGUGAAGAAAUGUACCGAGAGCUCUGAAG